AUGGCGGCCCGCGUCGUCGCAUCCGUGUCCCGUGUCGUCUGCCGCCCGCGCGUCGUCGUCGUCCAACCACGCCGCGUCCAACCACGUUCUUCAGACGACGCGCAUCUUCAUCAUCGUCCGAAGCCGCUCGCGACGGCCGCCACCCCGCUUGCGCUGGACGCGUCGCUGACGCGCUCGAUCCUCCUGGUGGGCGACGGAGACUUGUCCUUCUCCCUCGCGCUGGCGAGGCGCGCGCCGAACGCGCGCAUCACCGCGACGACGUUCGAGGCGUACGACGCCAUCGUCAAAGAUUGGGGCGGCGACGACAACGCCACCGCGCUCCGAGCGCUCCCAAACGUCGAGGACGUCCUGCACUCGGUGGACGCCACCAAGUUGCACACCCGCGAGUCACCGCUUCACGGACUCGACGCCCCUGUUAACGACGGGAACAACGACCGUAAAAGAUGGGACCGGGUGCUCUUCACGUUCCCGCACAUCGCGGGUAAGGGCAAAAUCAGCAAGAACCGGCACCUCCUCCGCGGGUUCUUCGAAUCCGUGGGCGCCGUCCUCGCGCCUUUCGGCGUCGUCGAGGUGACGCUCGUCGCCGGCCAGGGCGGCACCCCCGCGGACGGCGUCCACCUCCGGGAAUACGGCAACACGUGGAUGGCGUCGGAGCAGGCGGCGAAGGGCGGUUUCGUGCUGUGCGCGACCGAAUCGUUCGACGCUGAGUCGUGGUCCGAAUGCGGGUAUACGCCGACGGGGCACUGGCGUGGUUUGACGAGCGGCGCCAGGGCGUUCGUCGCGAAGGAAGGGGUCGUUCACGCCUUCGCGAGGCCCACGGAGAUGCCGGCGACGCACGCGCGGUGUCCGCACCCGGUGACGCAUCGACGCGCGUUUUCGAUUUGGAUCUCAGACGAAGAAUCCGAGAAUUCCGGGUUUCGCGAGUUGGAGUUGGAGAGGGUGGUGAAGCGCGCGGUCUCGGCGGGUGUCCACGUGGCGUCGCUGACGCGGAUGGAGCCCGUCGAUUGGACGUGUCCGAGCACGGGGCGGCGCUCGCGGACGUACGUCGUCGAGUUGACGUCGUCGACGUCGCCGUGGGACGGGGACCGCGCGACGGAGGAGCAGUUCCGCGUGCGCGAAGCCGUCGCCGCGGGUGCGGUGCCGGGCGCCGAGCUCCGGUGA